CAGGCCGGCCAAGGGCACCAGUCCCCGCCCGGGGUUUGAGCCUGCCGCUGGAGCCUUCCGUACAGCAUGGCGGCUCCCGGGGCAACAGUGAGGGACAUAGUCUUCCGUACGGCAGGGCAGUCUGCGGAGCGGGAGCCACACCCCCUUCCGCCGGGCCACCGGAAGUUUCUUUUUAAAACGGAGGCGGCUGAGCCAACCUGCAGUUUGGCAGUUGUUGCCAAGCAUCCUUUGACCUCGAGCGACAAGGACUGCGCGCCGGAGCGGACCCAGCCGUGCCGCCUCGUUAAGAUGACCAGUGUAGGGAAGACCAUGGACAGCGUGCAGUCACCGGCUGUGCCCAGCGGCCCGCCCGCAGAUACAAAAACUCGAGCUACUGCCAAGAGCCUGUUACCUGUUAAGUGCAAAGAAGUUGAUGCUUCCAGAAAUCUUCAUUCAGAAAGUGAUACAAAAACCACCAAACCAAAACGAGAGAAUGGGCAGACAAAAAUUGCAGAGCCCUCCAAUAAGAGGAACAUCAGAAAGAGCAAGCCAUUGAGAGAGCAGAAAUCAGAGGAAGAGCUGAAAGACAAGAACCGGCUCCUGGAGACCGCCAACAAGCAGUUGCACCAGAAGUUGAUUAAAACUCAGGGAGAGCUGAAGGACCUGACCCAGAAGGUGGAGCUGCUGGAGAAGUUUCAGGACAACUGUUUAGCAAUUUUGGAAAGCAAAGGCCUCAACCCAGGCAGCACCCUGGCGUCACAGCAGGAAUCCACUGUGGAUCACAAGGACUCUGUGUUGCUAUUAGAAACUUUGCAAGACGAGCUGAAGCUAUUUAAUGAAACUGCCAAGAGACAAAUGGAGGAGCUUCAGACCUUAAAGAUAAAGUUGAAGAUGAAAGAAGAAGAAAGGAUCCAAUUCCUAGAACAGCGAACCUUAUGUAAACGUCAAGUUACUGAUUUUUCAAAAGCCCUGGAAGAAAUGGAACAGCUAUUAGAAAUGUAAUAAAAGAAAAGUGGCCAGAUGGCCCCUUCUCAAGGAUGAACUCAGAGGCCACUUAGGACAUCUGCUGAGCCGUGGUUUUCGUGGACUGUGAAUCCCCAGAGUGAAAACAGUUUGUGUGAUCCGAUUAGAGCAGUUUAUUGCUGGAAUAACAGUUCCUCCUUAAAGCAGGUUUCUUUGCCUUUAGAUCGGUCAGCUCUCCUGGGCCUCGCGGUUGGGUAAUGGAGGCUUCCAGAGGGGGAGCUGGGAGCUUGACUCUUUAGAUGAGACUAAAGCCAGGCAUAGUGGUGUACAUCUGUGAUCCCAGCACUGAGGAGGCUGAGGCAGGCAGAGGAUCACUUGAGCUAAGGAGUCAACCUUGCAACAUAGCAAGAUGCCAGCUGAACAAAACUAAACCAGCUACAUGGGAGGACUUGGGUGGUCACAUUCAGAUUUGUGGAAAGAAACCCUUGGUUAUAAAUGGAGCACCUUCAUCCCAGUGGGAGGUGACACUAAAAAGCCACGCAAUGCAUUGUGUCCCAAACUGCUUGGGCUCUAUUUCAUUGUUAAAUUAUGGACUUGAAGUUGCUUAAAGUUUUUUGGCUUACUAAAUGGGAUGAAGGUAUCAAUAAAUAUACAUCUGUAGCUUUUAAUCUAAA